CGAACCUCUGCGCGUUCUCAAUCACGAUUCACUCGGCAGUAGAUUCUCUCUUGGAAGUGGCGUUACAAAUCGUUUAGCGAGAGGCUCCAGUUUGAUAGCAAGUUUAGCUAUAAAACUGCCCUUACAAUAGCUGUACAGGGAAUUUCAGUCAACGUUUUCUCAAUGAAUGGACUGUGAAGUACCAUCACAUUUGAAGGAAGUUUAGAUUUACUUACAAAACACGAUAACAGCUGGUUGAACAUUGCCCACGAGUCGUGUCCAGCGGGAGUUUUUGAACACACGGACAGCGAGGUUGAGGCGAUUUGGUUUAUGGAACGUGCCAGUUCAGGAAAAAAAUGUAGCUAGCUAACUUAACGUUAGCUAUUAGGCUAUACACAUAUCGCGUGUCCUUUUGUUUUAGCUCGGAAGGAUCAAGCUGCGUUUAUGCAGCUGGCGUGGAAGACACCGGCAGGAGGAGAAAACAGUGGUGAAAAGCGACAGUGAUAACCCGAAAAACAUCUCACCACCAGACACCGGAUAUUAGUAAUCCUCUGUCUGAAGGCGGUCUGUCUCUGGUUUGGACUCCAUCCCACUCCCUUCUAAAGGGUCAACUGUGGGACAGCAACACCUUCAGGCUGCUCCUGCAGUGAGUCCGUAUCAUGGAGGCAGGCAGCGGGGCUGCUGCAGCAGUGGGGAGUGCAGCUCUAGGACUGCUCGGCGCCGCGGAAGCAGCCAGCCAUGACAUCUCCGACAGGGGCCUGAGGCCAGGGCGUCACCCAGAGGAGGACGACAUAGUGCCUGAGCUGGCCCGCCUGGUCUACCCCCGAGAGAGACCUGACUGGGAGGAGACCAUCAGCGCCAUGGCGCGGAGUGCUGAGGUCCCCGAGCUGAGCACCGAGCCCCUCCUGCGCUCCUGCAGCAGCACGGCCAGCAUGAAGGUCAAGAACGUCAAGAAAUUGUCCUUUACCAAAGGCCACUUCCCCAAGCUGGCCGAGUGCGCCCACUUCCACUACGAGAACGUGGACUUUGGCGCCAUCCAGCUUUCACUCGCGGAUGAACAGAGCGAAGUGACACGGAAUGGCUUUGAGUCCAAAGAGCUGCAGUACUUGGUCCAGAUCUACUGCCAGGGCCGGAACUGGAUUGUGAAGCGCAGCUAUGAAGAUUUUCGUGUCCUGGAUAAGCACCUGCACCUCUGCAUAUAUGACCGCCGCUUCUCGCAGCUGCCGGAGCUGCCUCGAUUCGACAGUCUGAGUGAUCGCGCCGAGGCAGUUUCCCAGAUGCUGAUGGCUUACCUCUCCCGCCUCACAGCUAUCGCUGACAACAAGAUCAACUGUGGGCCUGCCCUCACAUGGAUGGAGGUUGAUAACAAAGGCAACCACUUACUGGUCCACGAGGAGUCCUCCAUCAACGUGCCCGCCAUCGCCGCCGCCCAUGUCAUCAAACGCUACAUCGCCCAGGCCGCCGACGAGCUCUCCUUCGAGGUUGGGGACAUCGUGUCUGUUAUUGACAUGCCCCCCAAAGAGGACACCACGUGGUGGAGGGGCAAGCACGGCUUUCAGGUUGGCUUCUUUCCCAGUGAGUGUGUGGAGCUGAUAAACGACAAGGUGCCGCAGUCCGUCACCAACUCGGUGCCAAAACCAGAUUUGGAGAUGGAGAGUGUAAAGCAGGACAAUGCAUGGGUGGCCGACCCAUUAAACCACUACAGCCUGAGCUCAGUGUCUAAGAAGCACGGGAAGCUGAUCACGUUCCUGCGCACCUUCAUGAAGUCCCGGCCCACCAAGCAGAAGCUGAAGCAGAGGGGAAUCCUCCGGGAGAGGGUGUUUGGCUGUGACCUGGGAGAGCACCUCCUCAACUCGGGCCACGAUGUUCCCCAGGUACUCAAGAGCUGCACGGAGUUCAUCGAGAAACAUGGCGUGGUGGACGGCAUGUACCGCCUCUCUGGAAUCGCCUCCAACAUCCAGAAACUACGGCAUGAGUUUGACUCGGAGCAGAUCCCCGACCUGACCAAAGACGUGUACAUCCAGGACAUCCACUGCGUGGGCUCAUUGUGCAAGCUCUACUUCCGCGAGUUGCCCAACCCUCUGCUCACCUAUCAGCUCUACGAGAAAUUCUCCGAGGCCGUGUCAGCAGCCACAGACGAGGAGCGGCUUAUCAAAAUACAUGAUGUCAUUCAACAGCUGCCGCCUCCGCAUUACAGGACUCUGGAGUUCCUCAUGAGGCACCUGUCCCAACUGGCCACCUUCAGCUACAUCACCAACAUGCACAGCAAGAACCUGGCCAUCGUCUGGGCCCCCAACCUAUUGAGGUCCAAGCAGAUAGAGUCGGCCUGCUUCAGCGGCACGGCAGCCUUCAUGGAGGUCCGCAUCCAGUCGGUGGUGGUGGAGUUCAUACUGAACCAUGUAGACGUCCUCUUCAGCCCCAAGCUCAGCUCGCUCAUACGGGAGGGAGCAGGACACAACUCGUUGUUGCGACCCAAGUCCCUGCUGGUGUCGUCCCCCUCCACCAAGCUGCUGACCCUGGAGGAGGCCCAGGCCCGGACCCAGGCACAGAUCAACUCCCCCGUCACGGCCGAUAGCAAGUACAUUGAGGUGGGGGAGGGUCCGGCUGCGCUGCAGGGCAAGUUCCACACCGUCAUCGAGUUCCCUAUGGAGAGGAAAAGGCCCCCCAUCAAGUCCAAGAAGUCGCCGGUGGGAAACUGGCGCUCCUUCUUCAACCUGGGCAAGUCAUCGUCUAUGUCCAAGCGCAAGCUGCACCGCAACCCCAGCGAACCCAGUGAGCUCAAGGCCAUGGCCCUGGCAGGAGGCAGAGGGGACACGGGGACACUGCGAUCGGCCAAAAGCGAGGAGUCGCUCACCUCGCUACACAACGUUGAAGGAGAGUCGAAGGUGUACCGUCCUCGGCGGCCCCGCUCCAGCAGCGAUGCCCUCUCGGCUUCCUUCAACGGUGACUUGCUGGACAGCCACACCCGGCAGCACUGCAACUCCGAUGACAAUCUGGCCCAGAGCCACAGCGGGGGCGCCACCCGCGGCAGGGACAGCGAUGGGGACGACGGGCCCAUCUAUGUUCCCGCCCUGAUUUCGCCCCCACGUUCAGCCGGCGAGGACGUGGACCUUAGCCCCCCAGACAUCGGCAUGGCCUCGUUGGACUUUGACCCCAUGUCGUUCCAGUGCAGCCUGCCCGACGGCUCCUUCUCCUUCCCCCUGGGGCUGAGCGAUGUCGCUACGGGCGCGACUGGUGAGGGCACCAGCCCGAAGAGGAGCCCAGGCAGCAUUGACAACGGCUCGGCGCUCGUCUCUCCUUCCUUCCUGGGGAAGUUCGCCAACCCCUUCUUGUCGCCUGACCUCAGCCCAGCCACGGGAGAGAAAGCAGGGAGCAAGAAGCUGGUCUGCUCAGUGUCUUUCUCUGACAAACCCGUACAGGCUGUGUCCCCUAAAAGGUCAAAGUCGGACAUUUUGGCUCCUCUGGCCAUUUCGGAGCCGUUUGACAUGGAGAUUUCUAGUAGGCUUACAGAAUGCCAUGGUGUUCCCCAGCCUUCUUCCCCUCCCUCGGGACUGCCCUGGGACUCUCCUCUGUUAAUGGGCUCAGUGUUGCUGAGGACAGGGGAGCCGUCGCUGAGCGAGGCCUUUCAGAUGGAGCUGCACUGUAAGCUCUCUGCCUUCGACAUUGAGAGCCAAGACUCCACAGGGGAGGAGAGUACUGCCCAGCAACCUCCAGCAACCAAUAGCGAGGAACAAUUAGGAGCCGUAGCUAGUCUGGACUCUCCAAAAGCCUCCCCCAGCCCUCUCAGCUCCUCCUCUGUGUCCCUCCUCCCUCCCCCGCCCCAUCCGAAGAACGCCGCCCGCAUGUUGGCCCUGGCCCUGGCAGAGUCCGCUCAGCAGGCCUCUAUCCUGACCCAGAAGAGGCCCUCCCAGUCCCAGCCCCCACGCCAGUGCCCCAUUAGACCCCUGGAGCACUCACACUCCCUGGACUGGCCCCCUCCCCCAGCUCUGCGCCCCCAGAUCCUCGAGGAGGGACCCAGGGCAGGAGAAGCCCAGACCCCAACCUUAACCCCCACCACCCCAAACCUUGCCCCUUCCUCCUCCCCUUCCACCACCCCUUCUGACAAACAGCCUUGCCAGUCAGUGAGCCAUGAGUCCAUCAGUAUGUCCACCAGUGCAAAGUCCCCCUCCACUUCUCCCGGAGCCAACCAGGAUAUGGAUUUCACCCUACCGGCUUCCCCCCACCACCAGUGUACCACCACUCCCUACUGCCCUCCAGCCCAUGUGUCCCCCACUCUGAGGAGUCCAGACAGGCAGCAGCCCGCCAUGGGCCAGGUAGCGGUCAGCAGCACUGGAUUCUCCACCACCACCCCAGCCACCACUCCCAGGAGCAAGGAGACAGGUGUCCUGCCACAGCCUGCUCCUGAGGUCCAUGUAGAUGAGGGCGUCUGGUCGCCAUCUCCGAAACCGUCAGAGCAGCGAGUUGCAGUUUCACAGCCUCAAAUACAGUUCCAUACUCAUCCACAGGCUCAGCCACAGUCCCAGCCACAGUCCCAGCCUCAUCCCCAGCCCCACUCCCAUCCCCACUCCCAUCCCCAGCCUAACGCCAGAGUGGUCCCCACCCCAUCUGAGCCAGUGGAGAGACCAUGGGAGGCCAUAAAGCCAGUUCAGCCCCGCGCGGAGCCUGUGACCCACGCCCAUGGGCCCACGCCGCCAGCGCCUCCCGUCCGCUCCAUUGAGAGCAAAUUGGCAACCGCCGCCCUCAGCCACACAGAGGCCGCCAACCCCGCCAUCUUCCACAACAUCCUGACAGAGGCCUCCACGCCUGAGGCCCUCGCCCAUCCUCACCCUCCCCCACGUAAGUCUUCCACCCAGCAGUCAGCCUACCUGUACCACACCAAGGGAGAGGCCGCCUUACUGGAACCUCCCGGGGAGGCCUACUACCACCAACGGGCCAUUCCCGUGGGGCAGCCUUCGUACCACUACCGGCCAGACAGUGUUCCCCCACACCUCUCCUACGCGUCAAAGUCGGAGCCCCAGAUACCUUACAGUGCCCGCACGGACCACCGCUACAACACCAUAGCUCAUCCCAGGUCCUGCCACCAGUCAAUGAAGCAUCAUGGGCCCCCCAGGGGUGGUGAGUACAUAUCACCCAGCCCGGGACACCACGGCCAGGGCUAUGGACCCAUGGAGGGAGCUCCGGUCUACCCCACUAUCCGUAGGGUGCACUCGCUCCACGUGCCCUCAGCAAUCCGCUCGGUGCCCAUCCAGCGGACCGAGGUGCCUCCCGACGACGAGCUCUUCUACUACCAGCGGCCCGUCUACCAGUGCAAUACCUACCAGCAGCCGCCGCAACAGUCCUCGCAGGCUGACUACCACGUCACCCAACUCCAGCCCUACUUUGAGAAUGGCCGGGUGCAGUACCGUUACAGCCCCUAUUCGCCUUGCGCCAACCCGCUGGACGCCCCUUACUACGACGUGGACCCCUACGGGACCAUCCGGCUGAGGCACUUCCACUCGUUCAGCAGUCGGGACCUGGGCCCCACCCUCAGCCGGUCGGGGGGCAAGGCGGGCGGCUACCACUACCUGUCCCGCCACAUCCUCCCGCUGGGGAAGGAGCACAGCUUUGUCAGCAGAGACAUGCCCCCGGGCCAUGGCUCAAAGGGAGCCGCCGUCUACUUCGCAUGGAACCCAGAGGACUCUGAAAGGCUCCGGAUGCACUCCAUCCACAGAGAGAGCCGGGCCAGGCAGAAGGUCAAGGGACCUGUCAUGUCUCAGUAUGACAACGUGGGCCUGUUCAUGCCAGGCGACCUGGGAGCGUACGAAACCCUACACCUGCGCAGUAAGUCGGACCCCGGCAAAGCCAUGCUGAUGACUGUCGAGGGUAAAGACGGGCGCUACGUAGUACCGCCGGGCUCCCAGCACGCUCCCCGACACCUUGUGUCUGACCCCGACGUCCUCAUGUACAUGGAGACGGAGAAGCACUGUCAGGGAAAUGGCACCGGGGACAAACAUAGCAACUCCAGGACCUGCCAGGUCUCCCACUCGCACCAAGCCCAACACCCCCGUUACCAGGCCCAUCAGCAGGACGCCGGGGACGGAGCUCGGAGCUUCCAACCUCGCUACGAACAGCCCGAUCCAGACCGCCACCAGAACAGGUCCAAAACCCCCGGUAGUUACCAGGACAAUGAUGACCACCAACACCAGUCAGCCCCCGUCAAAGCGCAGGCCCCUCCCAAGCCCGAGCGGUCGCACAGCAUCCGAGAGCGCCAGCAGCAGCACUAUAGCCAAGCUGCCACUUCCGAACCAGACAGAGACCACUCAUACCAGCCCCACGGUGGGCAGCAGAGACACAGCACCAUGGCGAUACAGUCCCACUACGACAACCUGGAUGAUUACCACCCAGCAGCAAUACCUCAGCCACAGGCUCCCAUGCCAAACCCCCACGGGGUCUCCUCUGCUUCAUUCCCCACCAACCCUGGCUUCACGGGCAGCCACAGCAACCGAGCGUACUCCACUGCCUUGGGCCAGGGUGCCUUCAUCCCAGCGGAACUGGCCCUGCAGAGGCCCGAGACAGAAAUACACGCUGAAUGAAGAAGAGACUUGUAAAAAAAAAAAAAAAUGUGUAGGUUUUAGUAAGCAAUGAAGUGACUCAGCUGGAGAUUCAAAUGUUCCACAGCCUCUGCAGGACAGUGGACUGUCGUCAGAACCUUUCUCAUUAUUUUUCUCUAUAUUUUUUAUGAAUUGUAAAGGAAAAUAAGAUACUUUUUAGAGAAUGUACCAUACUUUCUUCAAUUGUUCUAAGAAGCCACUCGGUCGUAACUCAUUGAAAUGGUGGAUGAUCAUAGAAAUGUAUAUGAUAUAAGCGAAAGGUCCAAGAAACCAGAAAAUAUGUGUACAAAGAAGUAGUACUGGUAAAAAGGGAUUUGUUUUAUUUUUGUUUCCAGUUUUGUUUUGACUGGGGAGAUAUGAGCAUAACAGGGAUGAAGGUUUGCAUUUUAGAAAUGCAUGUUAUCUCCAAUCUCUUGUUUACCAUUGAUAUCCAUUGUGUACUUUCUGGAUGUUUCAGUACAAGUUCUCGAGGGAGGAAAUCUGUGUAAGUCAUCGUGCCCUCCCUCUUACAGUAUGUUCACUUUCAGUCUUCAAGAAUCUCGGAUUUGGGGUUUGGGGCCCAGCAGUACAAAGUGAGUUCUAGAACUAGACAGGGUACUUUCACCUGGUACUGUACAUUAAAUUAUGUUAAUAUUUUUAUUUGCUCUGUGAUUGUGUGUUUUUGCUAUAAAACGGAGUGAAUUGAAUUAUAAUGGAAUGUUUUGGAACCGAGAUUUGUUCUUCAUUGCAAGAGGGACCAAACAUUGAGUAUUUUUGGCCAUGAAAGCAUUCCUGCACAUGUAUGGGUUGAUGACCGGGUGUGAGAAUGACAACAUUACCUUGGGAGGUGUAACAGAGUCAUUCUUAAAAUGUGUUUAGUUAUAGUCUUGUUUUUUUCUGCCAAUUUCAAAGGACUUGAAUGGACAACUUAAUAAAAACUGAUAUUGUACAACACUUCACACAAAUGUAAAUGCUUGGUCAGCCCUUGAGCAGGUUGAAUUCACUCCAGCAAAUACAUACUAAUUUUCAUAGUAUGUGAAAAAGAUGGUUAUUAUGUUCCAAGAGAAGUAAACUAUAAUUUAAUUUGAAUGGACAAAUGUUUGGGACCAUUUAAGAAAAUGUGGAUGAACUUUUAUGGAAUCAACUGUCUGCUUUCAGUGCAAUUAGUCAGUAGCCAGUCAAAUUGGCAGAGGAUUCAGAUUCAUCUCAUUCAAUUUCAAAUGCAGGUGAUUUUGCAUUUGAAAACCUUGGACUAUAUUUCAGUUGUAACGCCCAUUGGCUUGUGAAGGUACUGUUCUAUUUUGCCUUAUGGUCCCUACCUGUUUAAACGGAAUACUCCCAGAUGUCCCUCCUUUGUUGUGGGGCACAGUAAGUGGCUAAAUAACCACCUAGUUGUGUUUGAAUGUAAAAACAUCUCUUGUCUCAGUAACUGGAGAGUUAUGCUGUUGGAUAUAACAAAUAAAAUGAUUCAGGAAAUAACUAUGAAAAUGUCUGUCAGUGGGUUCUU